AUGGGAUUUUCGAACAAGUUGGUAAUAACCGCAAAGAAGCCCGGGAAGAGGACCAGGCAGAUCUGCAUGCACAUACGCAGGAUGCUAGAGCCCAAUGUCACUGCAAAGCUGAGAGACAGAAACACAACUGUGAAGUCGUACCUUGAUGUUGCUGAUGCACUCGAGCUGUCCCAUUUUGUUUUGGUGGAUGCAAGAGACAUUAAGAUUGGGACCAGGCCAAAAGGGCCGACAUAUGUAUUCAACGUGGUGGACUACAACCCGAAGUAUGUCAAGGUCGGCAAUGAGUACUACGAAGAAGAUCCAUGUAUCACGUUUACUGGGGAGAGCGAGCUCAAGGAGCUGUUCUUAUCUCUGUCCUCCCGCCCAAAGACAUUCAAGAGAAAUCUGCACUUUUACUUUGACGGCGAUCUUAUCCAUGUAAGACAUUAUGCCAUUCUUACCAAGGAGGAAGAGGACAUAAAGGUUGGGUUCCAUGAGAUCGGCCCCAGGAUCACCAUGAGGCUUGUCAAGAAGAUGGAUGGAUUCUUCAGCUAG